AUGUCCUGGAAAACACUCAUCACUUGUUGUUCAAGAACAACAUCUAACAAAUCAUCUUUGAAAAACGGAGGGCUACUAGUAGAAAAACUGAUCCGUGUUUCGAACGGAGACUACAAUCCCUUUUUUAUAUUCACAGAACAGGAGCUGAAGCAAGCAACCAAAGACUACGACCAAGAUCUCGUCUGUCUUGUCGACGACAACUAUAAAUUGUUUCGAGUUCUUGAGAACAGAGGAGCCGUGCUAAUCAAGAAAACGAAUGAACACGAAGAGCUCGUGGAGUAUUGUAUAAGGGAAAUCGCUGUUGCUGCAUACGUCAGCUCGAACAUGAAUCUGGUGAAGCUUCUUGGUUGUUGCUUGGAGAGCAAGAAAGGGGUUAUCCCAUGGAGACAGAGGAUUCGCAUCGCUGCUCAGGUUGCAGACGCGAUUGCUUAUCUCCACUUAGAAGUUCCAGAAGGUGAGACUUCUGUACAAGCAUUAGUUGAAGGAACAAUAGGGUUUCUAGCUUCAGAAUCAGUAGUCACAGAAAGAUUCAACGAGCAGACGGAUGUUUUCGCCUUUGGUGCUACAUUAAUCGAGAUUUUGACUGGGAGGGAGCCUCAUAAUGUGUUCAUUGGAGCAUCUGAUUACAUGACUAACCCUGACACUACUCCAGUUGCAGAGUCGUCUCUCAUAUCUGUUUCUUCGCCGAAACGAAUAGAUCUUUUGAUGUUCUUGAAGGCCAAUCUGAUAAGGGACGGGAAGGAUAAUGCUUUAGAGGCUAGUGCAGAGCUCGCUGCUAGCUGUGUGGAGAUAUUGCCAGAGAAGAGGCCUACGAUUGAAGAAGUAGCUAAGAAGCUGAAGCACAUUCAGAACAUGUAA